AUGAAGUAUAUGCCAAUCUCCCUCACUACCGCCAUCAGCUUAGCAUGUGCUGCAUCCUCUCACCUGGCAAAGUCCGCUAGCACAGUUCAAGGAUUUGAUAUCUCGCACCAUCAGAAUUAUAGCGUCGACUUCGAGGCAGCAUAUACCAGCGGUGCCCGCUUUGUCGUCAUUAAGGCCACUGAAGGCAAUACCUGGGUCGACGAUAAAUUCAACGAGCACACUUCCCGUGCCGCCGAUGCGGGAUUUAUCCAUGGGGCCUAUCAUUUUGCGAAUCCCGCUUCCACUAAUGGUAGCAGCCAAGCCUUGUUCUUCCUUGCAAAAGGCGGAAAAUGGAAAGCAGACGGGAUGACCCUCCCCGGAUGGUUGGAUCUUGAGGCGCCCAGAGCGGGCGAACAGUGUUACGGGCUCUCUCAGUCCGACAUGAUUGCUUGGAUCACAGGCUUCGUUGACACCUACUCUGGUGUAACGGGAAGGUUUCCAAUGAUCUAUACUACGAAUAACUGGUGGACCACUUGCACCGGAAACUACAAGAAGUUUAGCAGCUACUGUCCCCUAGUGCUGGCAAGAUACAACACUUCUCCUGGCACAGUUCCGGGAGGUUGGACGUCGUAUACCAUCUGGCAAAAUUCGGAACAUUAUUUCUAUGGCGGUGACUCUGAUAUCUUUAACGGGGAUGAGUCAGCUCUUCUCAACCUAGCCUCUGGAACCACUACAGAGACAACUUUCCCUGCGACUGUGGCGGAAUCGGCGGCACAAAGAGUACUUAGGAACUCGCAGCAUGUGCUAAGCGGUACUUCGAACGUCAUUAACAUCGCUUCAACGCUCGACUCUUUGGAAGAAAUGCCCACGACAGCUGACGAUCCCUGGAACGAGGAGAAAUCUCUAACCUUCAGAGACGGUAGUGUAUCGCUUUUGUGUUUUUGUGGUGGUGGUUCGGUCAACCUCGUUACCCUACCUUGGCGUCUAGGAAACAUCCUGUCCGUGACCAAUGCAUAUAAGAAGCAUGGCACGAGGCCUGAUCCUGAGACAGGACGAACAGUGGAUUUUUAUGCUGGAGUUGGUUCAGGUGGAGUGCACAUGCAUGGUGGUCCUAUGGAAAACUGGUGA